AAAGCAAUCCAAGUUGAAAGUUGUUGGUCUUGAUCAUACCACAAAUAUGUAGCUUGACACUGCAAUAAUCGGGUUCCAAUAUACGCACCCACGCACGAAGUAAAAACCAAAAUGGGACCAUUUUGAACUCAGAUGGGCCUCUACACAAGGCCUCAAAACGACCCGCCAACCUAAUCCUGCCCCAAUUUCCCUCCUUAUAAUUAGGGUAAAUAAAUUAGGCAUAAAUAAACCUACAAACAAUCAAAUUGUCCCCUUUGAAUUUCCACAGAGAAAGAAAGCGCAAUGGGAAGUGAAGAGGAGAGCACAGUGAAAGAGCCAUUGGAUCUCAUAAGGCUAAGUCUCGACGAGAGAAUCUACGUCAAACUCCGUUCUGACAGAGAACUCCGUGGCAAACUUCAUGCUUAUGAUCAGCAUCUUAAUAUGAUUCUUGGUGAUGUUGAAGAAAUUGUGACCACAGUUGAGAUUGAUGAUGAAACAUACGAAGAGAUAGUUCGGGCGACAAGACGGACCAUUCCUUUCCUCUUUGUUCGUGGAGAUGGUGUAAUUUUGGUGUCUCCUCCACUCCGGACUACUUGAUCAGGAGAGGCAGGCAUAAUUGUGUAUCCAAAUCUGCAAGCACACUAUAUUUGGUUUAAGGUGCUGCAGUUGAGAUUCAAAAGAGUAUUGUUGGGGAAGUUAGUCUGUGAUUCUGUGUAGUAGUAGUACAUCUGGUUUUCAAAACAGAAGACUUCUAUUUUUGAAAUCCUUGUCUCUUUUCUAGCAUUCAAUAUCUGUAACCUUGUGCUUCAAAUGUUUACCUAAUUGAAUAUGGCCCGAUGAGUCUUAAACUGCA